CCCUGCACUCCCGCCUCGCCUGUGUCCAGUGCUCGGCCACGCGUUUUCCAAGCGUCUCCACCCUCCAACCCUGAGCCGCCCCCCACCCCGUUGCUCCCUGCAGGGCGCACUCUCCCUGAUUCUGAAAGCUGGAAAACGAAAUUGAAACCUAAUGGGCCUCUGAAUCAGCGUCCAGUCUAUGAACCGGGACCAGACAAAGUCUUACACAGGAGGAGUGGGUGGAGCAUAAAACGUUCUGGCAGUGAUUCGAGCAGGCAGCUGCCCCAUCUCCCCACACAAUGGCACCCACCUUCUACCACUUUGCCCCCGCGUUGGACCUGGAGAUGCAGAACUUGGAGAUGAGGAAGCUGCGGUGCUGGCAGUACCUGGCAGUGAUUCUGGGGGUUCUGCUGCUCUUCCUGCUCUUUCCCCUGGGCUAUCUCUGCUACACUGUCAGCCAUCCAGCCUACCUGGAUGACCUCCGCGCCCAUAAGUUGUGUCACAACACUACAAGCCUCCUGGAGCAGCAGCUGGACCAGACCCGGAGGGAACUUGGGGAUGCCCAGAAGCAGGUGGCAUCCUACAACCAGACGGUGGUGACCUUGAUGGAGUCCCUAGAGAUGAAGGAGAAAGAACAUCACCGGAAGAUGCAGGAGAAAGAGGAGCAGCAUCAACGGGAGAUUCAGGCAUUGAAACAGCAGCUGCAGGAGGCGCUGAAGAAGCCGGCCCCCCCAAAGUCUGACCCUGCCAGAGAGAACAAGUCCCAGGGUGAGUUGAACUCCGGCAGCUGCCAAGUCAGCCUCAACACCUGGGUGCUCCCAGGGCUGCUCCUGCUCUGGGCUCUGAGAUUCCUGUGACCUCGCUCCAGGGAGUCAGCUGGCCACAGUCUGGACUGGUCCAGGUCCUGCUCGGCUUCCGACCCUCUUCGUGGGACAAGGGGGUGCGCAAAGCAGUACGGCUGGGGGAGGGGAAGGGCAGCAGUGAGGAUGGUACCUGGGCCACUCGGGCGGGACGGGCACGUGUGCUUCUUGCUGUCACAAUCAAUAGAGAGUUUGGUUCUGGA